AUGAUAUCCUCACCAGAAUCUUCUGAUGUUGACCCGCCGUCCCAAGCUCCCUCAAACCAUGACAUUGAAGCAAAGGAGCCGCCACAGCAAAAUGUAUAUCCUGCAGAUAAUCUUUCCACGCCACGACAGAUUCUCUUCGUUGGAACUAUCUAUACAGCCAUGUUCACGAACCAGGUCGGCUUAGGCAACACCCUAACCACGGUGGGCAUAAUUGGAGAAUGCUUUGGGAUUACUUCCCAGGGCCAGCUUUCCUGGUUGAUUGCUGGCUACAGCUUGACGAUUGGCACAUUCAUUCUUAUCGGCGGACGGCUUGGAGACGAGUUUGGCAACAAGAAAAUGUUCGUCAUUGGCAUGGCCUGGUAUUCCCUCUGGUCUAUGGUGGCUGGGCUGGCAGUCUAUUCAUCGCACGUUCUCUUCGUCUUCGCUCGUGUAUUUCAAGGCAUGGGUCCUGCUUUGACCUUGCCCAACGGUCUCGGCAUCUUGGGCAAGUCGUAUUCUCCCGGGCCGCGAAUGAAUAUGUCAUUCGCUUGGUUCGGCGGCUCAGCACCGUUCGGUGCCAUUGCAGGUUUCUUGUUUGGAGGGCUUUUUGCUUUGGCCUGGUGGCCGUGGAUCUACUGGAGCCAGGCAAUUGCGCUUUCCUGUGUGGCAAUCUUUGCUGCAUGGGCAAUUCCUCCUCAAGCAGUGCAGCCAAAACAAGAACAAUCACUGCGUGAAAAGCUCGAGGAUUUGGAUAUCCCAGGAAUGUUUACCGGAGUCACCGCUUUGGUCUUGUUCAACUUUGCGUGGAACCAGGCUGUGGUUGUUUCUUGGCACGAAGCCUAUGUCUAUGUUUGCUUGAUCCUUGGCGUUCUCUUUGCGACAGCGUUCUUUUGCAUCGAGAUUUACUGGGCAAAGGCUCCAAUUUUGCCCCUGGCUGCAUUCAACUCAGAUAUUGCUUUUGUCUUUGCAUGUACAGCAACAGGAUGGGCCUGCUUUGGUAUUUGGGUCUUCUAUAUCGGUCUUGUUGCACUCAACAUUGGUGGAAAUACCCCUCUUCAAAUGGCAGCAUGGUUUAUUCCUGUCAUUCCCUCUGGCUUGAUCUCAGCCCUUGCUGUCGGUAAAUUAGUCGGCAAGAUUCCCGCCUCAUGGAUCAUGAUUACCGGACAAAUUGCGUAUCUCGUUGGAUCGAUCCUCGCAGCUACUCGACCCCCGCAUUCGAUUUACUGGACGUAUUACUUUUUCAGCGUCCUCAUCAUCACUGUUGGAAUGGAUACUUCCUUUCCCGCAGCUGCAAUGAUCUUUUCAGGCUCUGUUCCACAACAGUAUCAGGGUAUGGGAGCAAGUGUUGUCAUGACUGUCGUCAACUACAGCAUCUCGCUUGGGCUUGGCCUUGCCGGCACUAUCGAGAACAACAUCAACCAUGGAGGACUGACGCCAGAAGAUAAGCUCAAAGGUUACCGCGGUGCACUGUGGUUCUCAGUUGGUUUAGCAGGCCUCGGUGUGGUCCUCAGUCUUAUCUAUGAGCUGAAAACUCGCCUCAAAUACGAAUCCGCCAAGGUGUAGUGUCAAAUAUUUCGGUCAGUCUUCGGAUACGGUAAACACUUGGCGAGUAUCCCAAACGGCUAGAAAGCAGCCGAAGUGGUACUCACAUUAGCUCACUCCUUAUAUCAAAGCACAUUCAGCGGGAACUUGUAAAGUUUUAAUAAAGCCC